GACCAAAAAACCCCUAAACCCUCGGCGGAAUUCUCGAGCAUUCGGCUCCAACGUUCCCCGCUGGUUCGCCGCCGCUCCGCUAGAACGCUGCUCCAGCUUCGGCGCUUGGUUGCCACCGCUAGUACCACCACUCUCUCGUUGCCGCCAAACCGUCGCUCCAUCGCCGUUGCUACCCCGCCCCAUCACUGCCGAUCUUCUUUGCCAUUUCUUCGUGUCUCAGCCACUCCUCGUCUCUGACCUUCGACAAAGCACUCCUGAAGCCCAUCAAGAUGGACGAGAAAUAAAAACGUUGGUGAACCAAGGUACCGAGCCAGGCCUCAAUCAAGAAGGAGAGAGCUCUACUCGAGACAAUGCCUGUCAGAGUUCGUUUGAAGACAAGUGUCCACAGAAAACGGAAGGUUUCAACUGAACGUUGGAAGGAAGCUGGUAGUGCUAAUUCCAGCAAGAGAAGGAAUCAAAUGAACCGGGAAAACACAAAAGCUGAUGGCAUCAAAUGCAAUAGCAAACCCUAUAGAAGGACAAAGAUCAGGGAAGUAAGCUCUCCAUCUCUGAGUGGAGGCAAACAGCAGCAAUUAUAUAGGGAAGGAAAGUUUGAAUCAGAUGAUGUUAAGGGAAGUUUUGGAUCUGAGCCUUGUGACAGGAAAAGGAAGAAUGCUGAUGCAACUAGGAAGACUCGUGUGAGGGAGAAUUCUUCAAUUGCUAUGAAAAGGAAAUCGAGUGAAGCUGCAGUGUUUAGAAGAAGAGGUAGUCAUGUGAAGCGGGAAAUUAUUGAUGAAGAUGAUUCUUAUGCAGACGAAGGAAGUAAUGCUAGAGCUUCUGUUCUCAGUGGUUGGAGUGUCAAGAACAAUACAAGUCGUGGUAAGAAAGGUGAUAUUGAAGGUGGAGGCGCCAGUGAUAAUGCAUCUCGUGUAAAGCUUAGAUCAAAACUAAUUAACAGUCUGGAAACUUCUGCUGAUAAUCUUAGAUUGAAAGGGAAGGAGAUCCCCAGAGUUAUGUCUGCUGAUAGGCAUGUUGUUGGUUCUGGAGAUGAAGUGUCAGAAAAACAUGCUGGGAAGAAAGACAAAGAAGAUCCAAUUGCAGAACAAAAACAUCGAAGGUAUCAGACUAGAGUGCUGGACAAAUAUGGAAAGAAGACUCGGAUUAAUCGGAAGGCUUUGGCUGAUGGUACUGAAGAAAUAGGUCGUCCGCUGAAAAAGAAAAAGCGAGUUAUCAAGAUUGAUCCAUAUGACAUUUCGAACAAGCGAUUAGAUGACAGUGUUUCUAACAAUGAGAAUGUAAGUGAGGAAAAGGCUGAAAUGUCAAAGAAUGCUCAGUUUCGUGCGAUACAGCCGAGCCCAGCAAUCCUUUCAUUUGUCGAAGAUAAUCUAUUGGGUCGCAGGCGAUUGAUUGAAUUGCAGAAUGCUGGAUACAAUGUCAAGCUUUCUGCUCCUUUAGAUAAUGUCCCGUUCUCAACAAGCACAGAAAGAGAACGGAUUGAAGAAAAUGUAUUUAGGAAUAAGUUGGAGUUUUUUGCUGCUGCAAAAGUUUCAACGUCCAUUCCACCCCCCAUGAUUCCAGAGAUAGCAUUUGCAGGUAGAUCAAAUGUUGGAAAAUCAUCGCUGCUAAAUGCUCUUACCAGACAAUGGGGAGUCGUAAGGACAUCAGAUAAGCCGGGGCUUACUCAGACUAUUAACUUUUUUAGGCUUGCCUCGAAGCUCUGUUUGGUUGACUUGCCUGGAUAUGGCUUUGCUUAUGCAAAAGAAGAAGUGAAAGAUGCAUGGGAGGAACUAGUGAAGGAGUAUGUUUCAACUAGAGUUGGACUGCAACAAGUCUGCCUCCUUAUUGACACCAAAUGGGGUAUGAAACCAAGGGAUCAUGAGCUCAUUGAUUUAAUGGAAAGAUCCCAAACGCCUUAUCAGAUAGUAUUAACAAAGACUGAUGUAGUGUUCCCAAUAGAUGUUGCUCGUCACGCUAUGCAAAUUCAAGAGAAUUUCAAGACAAACAAGUCUGUCAUAAACCCUGUGAUGAUGGUGAGCUCCAAGUCAGGUGCUGGCAUCCGCAACUUGAGGACUGUGCUUGCAAAGUUAGCUCGUUAUGUUAAGCCAUAAGAUAUCUAUCGCCUCAAUGAUCUCACCAGCAUUUCCUUCUUGAUUUGAUGAACCAUAUGCUUUCACAGUUAACAUCCUGAUGAUCAGCUGGUGUUCCAGGCAUUUAGCCUGGUCUAAUUUACAGGCCAGCUUGGGCAGGUCACUGCAACUUGCCAUGCAAACCAAACUGCUGCUGUUCUUACCAGAUCAUUGUUGGUGCAUGCUUAUUACCUCCUUGUAGGAUCGGAGAGUGGCUCAAUGCCUUUGGUGCCAGACUGCAACCUAAGAAUUCUGAUGGCUAGGAAUCAUUGAUAAAAUGAUUAUCAAUGUAAUAAAAUGGUCAACGAUCAUUAGCCCUCCCUAGGAAUCAUUAAAGAUAGUACUUUGACUAUUUGAGAAUCAUGAUUUGUUGUUGAUCAAGCCUUUUAUAUCAAGAAAGAAAACAAGAAGCUUGGUGUUAUAACAAUAUGUUGGGUAAUUUUGUGGAAAGUCUUAUUUUGAGAAAUUUUGUGGAAAGUUUUUUAAGGGAUUUUUUUUUUGGAAAAUUGUCCGAAUAUGUUUCUUUACGCCAUUGUUAGUUGCACGCCAGCCAAUCCCAUUGACCUUUUUGAGCCGUUGUGAUCACAUGUCCUGUCGGAAUUCUUCUCGAUUCUAAUCACCUAUAGAUAGAAAAAGUCGUCUUCUCCUUCAGACGAGAAACCUUUGCGUGUCGAAUCGAAGACACGGUCGUACUCGAUCCAAGGGAGGAGAUCUCUUCGAACGGAUGACCGCGUCUACGGUCUGAUUUGGUCCAAACCAGGACUCGAUCCUAACCCCACCAAAUCCAACCACUCCCCUUGUACUACUACCACUACAGUGGGCCCCAGUUCGAGGAGAAAUUAUUGCGGCUUUGGACCAAACAUAAUACUAUAUAUAUUUAUUAUUAUACCCACCCACCUUCUCAGAUUUGAUCUUGUAUCUCUGGUCGGAGGCGGCUUCCAAGUUCUUGUUUUGUUCCUCAACCAGCCUCAAUCCUCUCCAUAUUCAGGUUUUCAAUUCUAGUUGUUCCCUAGCGAAGAGGAAGAGGAGAUUGAGGGAGGGAUAUGUGUCCCCUGAGAGUGCUGUUGAUCUUUCUGUCGGCCACUUUGGCUGGUUUCUUUGUGCUCAGAAACCUCAAGGCCCAGCCGGAGCUCGUCGAGGCGCGCCAGGAAGAAGAAGACUCUUCUGAAGAACAAGUCUCCCUUUCCACCAAGGUUCGAUCAACGAUCGGUGAUGGGUUCUGGACCUGCGUCGACAUGGCGAGUGGGAGGUACUUGUGGAGGAUCCUGAUGGCCCCUUCUUCUGCCACCAAAGAGAAAACAUGCUGAAUUGCUGAUGUAUGCGAAGGAGCUUCUUAUUGCCCAUCUUGUUUUCCUGUCUUUGUUAGAAAAGGGGAAGAUUAAUAAUUGUUGAUACUUCAUGCAUGGAGAUCCUGCAUGCAGAAAGAAGCAACAUUGCAAGACUGAUCUGAUAAGGAAAUUUGGAAAGCUACAAGCUUUGGUGCAUGUUUAUAUGCCUAAUUUGUUUCUUGUAUCUUAACAGCCUGAAUGAAUGACAGAUUCUUGACUUUUUUCA